AUGCCAGCAAUUGACAAUAUCAGCACUGGUCCUGAUACUAUAAGAUUAUUGAUAACUACAGAUAAUCAUGUGGGGUAUAAUGAAAACGAUCCGAUACGAGGAGAUGAUUCAUGGAAGACAUUUGAAGAGAUAACAUCUAUCGCUAAAGAAAAAGAUGUUGACAUGAUAUUACAAGGUGGUGAUUUAUUUCACAUUAAUAAGCCUUCUAAGAAAUCUAUGUACAAUGUCAUAAGAUCCUUGAGGACUAAUUGCUUAGGAGAUCGACCUUGUGAAUUGGAAUUGUUAGGUGACCCAUCUAUGGCCUUGGGAAAGGAUGUUGAUACUGUAAAUUAUGAAGAUCCUAAUAUAAACAUUUCAGUUCCUGUGUUUGCAAUCAGCGGUAAUCAUGACGAUGCUACAGGUGAAGGAUUCUUGCUGCCGCUUGAUUUGCUAUCUGCAUCUGGAUUGAUAAACCAUUUUGGAACGGUUCCAAAUAACGAAGAAAUUACGGUUUCGCCUUUGAUAUUUCAGAAGGGUGCCAGUAAAUUAGCAUUGUAUGGUUUAGCUAAUGUGAGGGAUGAAAGGUUACAUAGACUAUUCAGAGAUGGAAAUGUGAAAUUUUUGCGUCCAAAUGGUCAAAAUGAUGAAUGGUUUAAUAUACUUUGUGUUCAUCAGAAUCAUGUUCCACAUACAAGAACGUCCUAUUUGCCCGAGCAGUUCCUACCUAACUUUUUGAACUUUGUCGUCUGGGGUCAUGAGCAUGAAUGCAUUCCAACACCUGUAUUUAAUCCUGAUACAGGCUUUGAUACUUUGCAACCAGGGUCUUCAGUAGCAACAUCACUAUGUGAAGCGGAAGCAGCUGAAAAAAAUAUUUUCAUAUUAAACAUAAACAAGUCAAAGUACUCCAUAGAAACUAUAAAGCUCAAAACUGUCAGACCCUUCAUUAUGGAUGAAGUAUCUUUACUGAAGGAAAAGUUUGUUACUGGACCUGCUUCGAAGGAUGAUAUUUCAAAAUUUUUGACGUUUAAAAUCGAAGAAUUAAUCAAGAAGGCCAAGCAAAAUUUUAUUGAUUCGAAUAGAGAAUUAUUCUCUUCGAACGAUUUAGAUCGUAAUGAUAAUAAAAUCCCAUUACCAUUGGUUCGAUUACGUGUUGAGUACUCAGGUGAUUAUGAAGUUGAAAAUCCUCGAAGAUUCUCCAACAAAUUUGUUGGAAAAAUAGCAAAUAUCAAUGAUGUUGUUCAUUUUUAUAAGAAAAAGUCAUAUGAAAACAAUAACUUGGUUAGUAAAAGCAAGUUUUCUGAUAAGGGCAUUACUCAGAAUGGGGACGGAAAUUCUAAGACUACAGAACUUCGAUUGCAGGAUAUUAUGAAUGAAUUUCUUCAGCAAGCAGAAUUAAAUCUUAUUCCUGAAGAUGGAAUUAAUAAUGCAGUUAAAAAAUUCUUGGAAAAUGAAGAUAAGAAUAUUAUGAAUCAGUAUAUCAAAAAUGAAAUAUCUCAAGAGACAAAGAUGUUCUUAGAUAUGGAUAUUGACGAUGAAACUUUUCACAAUGAUGAACAAGACUCAAAGAAGGUCUUCAAAUCUCUUUUAGCGCAGAUAAAGAGAGAAAACACGCCACAAACAGAAAUGAAUACAUGGCCAGAUAAAGAAAAUCUUACGUUGAAAGAAGAUGUAAGUAACAAACACGUCAGUGAGGCUAUAAUAAUUUCCGAUAGUGAAUCUGAUCCUGGAAUAGAUUUAUCUGAAACUAAGAAAAAAGUUCCCAAACGAAAAUCGACUGCUCGCCGUACAAACGAUGAAGUUAUAGUUAGUGACGAUAACGACAGUGAAAAUUAUGUUGACCAUGUAAUUAAGUCUAGUGAUGAUGAGGUAGCUAGCGAUGAAAGUUUCGUCGAGACUAAACGCUCUACUCUGAAACCUAGUAAACGAUCUAGCAAUACCACUUCCCGAAGAGGGAUUCGAUCAACACGCGGGAGAACAAAGAAAAGUCAGCCUAAAGGAAAGGCUUCAAAUGAAACAAAAUCAUCCAAACAAAAUAAUGAAUCUAGAUCUUUGUUGGAUGAUAUUAUGAGCAUGGGGAGCUAA